CCCAUAUAUGCAUUACCAUUUGUACCCCGCCAGAAAGCUCCCACGUUUUUUCCCAUACAUGUGUACAUAUCUGCAGGGCUGGUGUCGCUUCGCAGUAUCCUCACUCAUGGAGGGUUUCGUCGUUUCAGUUGCGCUGGUUUUUGGCUUGUUCGGUUGGGCGGUGACUUCGGCUUGCAUACCGGAUCCCCCCAACAAGCUACUGUGGGAUCCCGAAGUACUUCGGCAUCCUUCUGUAGUUUCGGCACUUGAGUCUUUGGAGGGGACAUUGGAGGGACUGUUCCAGAAUACUACACGUGAUGGAUUGAGCUUCGCGGUUGUCCAUGCAUCCAACCCAGAGACGGUGUUUACAUUCAAUAAAGGGAUCUUGAAAUGGAACGAGAGCAAUUCGAGUGCGGCUAACAACACAAUCACCAGCGACUCCAUUUUUCGCGUCGCCUCGGUCUCCAAGAACUUUGCAGCCUACUCCACCAUAUACGCUCAAAAUCUGGGACAAACAAGCUAUCAAUCUUCCGAAUCUCUCCCUGAAGUCUCUCUCGAUACCCCAGCUCGCCUUUUACUGCCUCAAUUCAAACUUCCGCAGGAGGACUGGGAGAAUGGAGGGAAAGACAUCACCUUGCGCAUGCUCGCUAGUCACACAAGCGGCAUCACGCGCGAGGCUUACAGCACCGACUUCAAUCUGAUUCUCGGGAAGGGCAAAGCUGAUUCCGAGACGAUAGGAUCGGGUUGGGCUUCUGCAACUGCUGAGGGCGUUUUGGAUUAUGUCGCGAAGACGAGCCUAAUGUUCGCGCCUGGUCAACGGGCGGCUUAUUCGAACAUCGGACCUUCGAUCCUUGCAAGCGCUGUUGUGAACUACUACAACACACUUUCGGGGUCGCAGCUGAGCUGGAGUGAAUUCAUGGUCAAAGAAGUUUUCGCUUCCUUAAACAUGUCGCACAGUUUCUUUGAUCCAAUCCCGGAGCAUCUCCUACCAUAUGUCGGGUUACCAGGUGCCCCCAACAUGGUGAAUACCCACGUCGCUGAGGGCUACAAUCCAGGUGGCGGUCUCUGGACAUCGGCAAAUGACCUCGCGAAAUACCUCUACACUAUCUGGCUGCAACCCAAUCCCCCUUCCUCACUCAUCACACCCUCCCAGCGCCGAUCCUCGCAGACUCCAGCCUUUGAUCUCCUCGAUGGGAAGCAGCUCGUCGGCCCCGGCUGGGAAAUCGAACUCAUCUCCAUCCCAACAUCCAACACUUCCACCGCUUCCAACAAAACCUACGCGCCCUACGGAAAAUCCGGCGAUGCUUUCGGCUCCCACGCAUGGAUCGACACGGUGCCAAAUCUCGGAUACGGCCUCGCCAUCAUCACGCAAGAAAGCGGGGAAGCAGCAUAUGAGCGCAUCUAUCCAUCAACCGUGAAAGCAGCAGCGCACAACCUCUUGCUUCCCGCGUUUGCGGAAGCCUUAGCUGCGCGGACCGAGGCGAGGUUCGCGGGUACUUACGCUUUCGCGCGCGAUGGUGGGGAUAUAUCUGAUGAAGUGCCGAGUAACUCCACAAACACAACUAGUUUCGCGCGUCUUGUAGUUGAGGAGCAAAUGCUCUACAUCAAAGAGUUCGUGGUCAAUGGGACCAAUGCGCUCGAAGCGCUGGAUCGGGUAGGCUGGACGGGAGAAACACAGCCACGGUGGUAUUCUUCUCCUGCAGGGACAGUGUUGGUGCCUGCUGAAGGCGCGAGCGAAACUGCUGAGUUUGGGGAUGGAGCGCAGGUUUGGAGGUUUUUGAUUCCUGGGUUGGAGACUUGCGAUUAUUUCGAUUGGGAUGGAUACAAGGAUCAGAAUGGGUGGCCGUUGACUAAGUUUGUGUUGGUGGAGAAGAAUGGUACUGUUGAGUUGCACUGGCCGCCUUUUGAUGUGGUGAUGGCGCGGAAGGGCUGA